AUGGCGGCGUUGAUUACACCCUGGGUUCAUGAACCGCUUGCAGCACCUCCUAGCUACUUUGACGGUCUGCCACAACAAUGGUGUUCACCUUCAGCUGUACGACCAUGCGUGCACAGGGCACCCGUGAAUGCAGGAACAUACAAUGCUCGACCGAGGGCCAGCUUGACUCCCCGGCGGUCUUUAGGACAGUCUACAUCAGGCAUCCUGACACACCACAUUGGUGAUGGAGUGAGGAGCGUCUCUGUUCCGCCGAUUCCGCGAACAUCGUGGGAUGUUAGGGUGCACGAUGUCAGCACCAGGCGACCAGAAUCUGUCCAGCAGAGGCAGCGCCCCGUCGCUUUGCCUUUGGCAGCUGUCAAGAUUGGGAUCCCACCCUCGAACAUCAUUGGGGCUUCGUUUCAUUCUGCCUUGGAUGAGAGUGGCUAUGUUUUGCCGGAAGGGCCUGCGAUCACACCGCUCGAUAUCUCACCAUCAACACGAAAGCUGUAUCCGACACGGACUAGGCUCAAUGCAGCCACUUCCACAUAUCCAGUUGAGAAUCUGUGCACGGGCCAUUUAUCCGUGCCAGCCUCUCACCGUCAAAUCCAAGAGCCUGUUGCAAGGUCUGUUGUCGAAUCUCGCGACAAGGAAGCUCCAGGCACCUCGGCUGUGCUCACCGUGCGGAGUGUGUUGGCCGAUGUGUCGCCAUCGGCAGAGCAAAGAAGCAGUGCGACUUUGCAAUCUGACUCGGGCGCGGGUCCGCUGGAGUCGAGCCCACAGAACAGCGUUUGGAAACGGUACUUUGCAGACGAGCGGCGGGAGCAGUGUUUCAGUCGGCCUUUGAGCAGUAGCAGGAUAUUGACUGUAGAUUCCAGGGCUGGGGCCAGUGAAUCUGUUGGCCAUGGGGGGAACACGGCUACUGUCAAUGGGACAGGAUUGAGAGCCAUGCCCGCACGACGGCCCAGUGCGGGCGUGCGAAGAUACCAGGCAGAGCCAAGUCAAGGUGCUACAAGCUUGCCAUUGACAGCUCCAAACUCGGCCAGAGAUGACCCCGGUGAAGGACAAAGCCCUUCGCUGGCACUUCCCCUUCAGGACUCGGAAGUGGUACUGCGACCACCACCUCUACGCCAACUUGUUAGCAAGUUUGGACCGCCAGCAGAUGAUCAGCAAGACAUCGUCCCCGAUGAAUCUGGCGAAUCCACGGAGGAGGCUCGCACUUCAGCGUGCCGGGCCAAUGUGCUCGAGGAAGCAGAAAGGUCAGAAAGGCUCACAUCGAGUAUCUUGCCAGAGCAGGGUGAAGUAGUAUUGAACUCCGCCCAAGUCGAAGCCAUAGCGGUCGCAGCAGCCGCAGUCGAGCACGCGGCUCGUCCUAUUUCUCUGAAGAAAUUGCACGAGCUGCGAUCAUUCCGGCAGCCGCCCGCUGCAGUAUGUCAGGUAGUCGAUGCAGUUUCGACCCUGCUCGGCUGCUACGAGCCCACGUGGUCAGCAGUGAAGCGAAGGUUGGAUUCGAUGCUGCUGCACCGGCUGAUGUCUUUCAGUGCCAUGGAAGCAGCAAGAUGCCCAUCUUCCCGAGUUCGAGGUUUCCUUGAAUUCUUGGAGGCGCCCGCAUUCUGUGAUGGGUCAUUGGCUGACAAAUGCCCUGCUGUUGCUCCCUUGGCCGAAUGGUGCCUAGCCGUUGCACGCCUCCUGCUCCAACUCCGGGCCACAGACUCGGAAGUGCACACCCAGGCUGAAAGCAAUGAAGAAGCGGCUCCUCAUCCUACGGCACAGACGACCAAAGGGAAGGGGCAGACAGCGCCACCCGACCUGGGGGGCCUUUAUGUGAAUCCUCCGUUGUGGGAGUUGGAUGAUGAGGCGCUCUGUUGUGUCGAGGACUUGGUCAUUGGGCGUGAUGGUGUUGGACACAUCACAUUUCAUGGACAAACAGAUUGUCGCAGCUUGCUGACGAUUCUGCCGCAUAUCUUGAUGGUAGAGCGCGGUGAGAUCGUGGUGUAUCCAGAUGCCGCAUUGAAGCCAGAAGUGGGGCAUGGCUUGAACAAGCCAGCCACGGUCGUGCUGUAUGGCUGCAUGCCCAAGUCGCAAUCGUGCUUGACGGAUAGCCGUGCACGCCACAGAUACAAGCAGCGUGUGGCACAAAUGACAGAGGAGAAGGGCGCCAUCUUCGAGGAUUAUGAUCCGGAUGAUGGUACUUGGAAGUUUCGCGUGCUUCACUUUUGA